CUUGCCGCGGCCUCCUGGAGCGCUUCGGCUCCCUCACCGCCCGGGCGAGCCCGCACCUCCGCCCCCAUCGCUUUCUGCCGAGGCCGCAGUCCAUUGGGGCGCGCCCGUGUGCACGGCUUGGCACCGGCGUUUGGGGAAGCCCAGGGGUAUGUUACGUGAGGCGCCUCUGCCAAAUACAGUGAAUUUCAGGAAUAUGGGCCCGCUCCGGGCUGGGCAGCGGGUGCAGGCGUUGGGGCUGCUCUGGCUUGCCUGUGUUGGAAGGCACAGACAGGCUGAGGUCUCCGGGUGCGUGGUGUAGGGCAAGUCACUUCGCGGGUUGCUCAGCAAGGAGCAAGUGAAGGCAAGGUAGCGCUUUAUAAGUGACUGUCAAAAGUUUCAUCGAUCAUUGAAUACCAGCAGGCUUUUCCCCAAGGUUCUAGUUUCUGGACGGAGCUUCAAAACUUCUGUCUCGCUAUUUAAAGUUUGGUGGAUAAGAAGCAAGAAAAAAAAAACCUGAGCUGACUGAGGAGCUGUAAUGAUAACUGAAACUGUGGGGCUUUCAGGAGAUUAAAUGUUCGAGUGAAUAUUGAGCUACUGUCAAUGUCUAAUCCUGUUCACAAAAAGGAUUUAGCUGUUCGAUUGACUGAUGAUACUGAUCCUUUUUUCCUUUAUAACCUUGUCAUAUCUGAGGAAGAUUUUCAAAGUUUGAAAUCCCAGCAAGGUCUCUUGGUGGACUUCUCUGCUUUCCCGCAAAAAUUUAUAGAUCUGCUUCAACAAUGCAUUCAGGAACAGAACAAAGAAAUCCCAAGGUUUUUGCUGCAGUUGGUUUCUUCAGUGUCUGUUCUAGAUCACACGCCUGUCUCUUUAAAUGUAGUGGAGACCAACCCUUUUAAACAUCUUACCCAUCUCUCUCUCAAAUUCCUACCAGGAAAUGAUACAGAAAUAAAGAAGUUUCUAGCCAGCUGUUUGAAAUGCCUUAAGGAAGAGAAAAAGAUGUUGGAAGAAAAGCUUAGAAAAACUGAGGAGGAUCUUACCAGACAACUGAGCUACACUCAACAGAACUUGUCAGAGAAGAGCCGAGAACUAGACAAACUGAAAAAUGAGUGGACAUCAUACACUACAGCUCUAACAAACAAGCACACGCAGGAGCUGACAAAUGAAAAGGAAAGGGCUCUCCAGGCGCAAGCUCAGUACCAACAACAGCAUGAACAACAGAAAAAGGAACUGGAAAACUUGCAUCAGAAAAGUAUUCAACAGCUGCAGAACAGACUCUCAGAACUCGAGGUCAUCAACAAAGAUCUAACAGAAAGAAGAUACAAAGGAGACUCCACAGUCAGAGAACUGAAAGCAAAGCUUUCUGGAGUAGAUGAUGAAUGUCAAAGAGCAAAGCAGGAGGUGCUGUCACUGCGGCGGGAGAACACUACUCUGGACGCUGAAUGUCACGAAAAAGAGAAACUCAUUAAUCAGCUACAGACGCGAGUUGCUGUUCUGGAACAAGAGAUCAAAGAUAAAGAUCAGCUAGUUAUUAGAACAAAAGAAGUAUUGGAUGCGACACAGGAACAAAAGGUGGUACUAGAAGAGAGUACAGAGAAAAAACAAAGUCAUAUUGAAAAAUUAGAGACAACAAUUAAGUCGCUGUCAGCUGAACUUCUUAAGGCUAAUGAAAUUAUCAAGAAGUUACAAGGAGAUUUGAAAACUCUAAUGAGUAAAUUAAAAUUGAAAAAUACAGUAACAAUUCAACAGGAGAAACUAUUGGCAGAAAAAGAAGAGAGGCUUCAAAAAGAGCAGAGGGAAUCGCAGGAGAUGGGACAAUCUCUUCGAAUGAAAGAGCAGGAGGUUUGCAAGCUACAAGAACAGCUAGAAACUACAAUACAAAAACUAGAAGAAAGUAAGCAGCUGCUGAAAACCAAUGAAAACGUAAUCACAUGGUUAAACAAACAGCUGAAUGAAAUUCAGAUGGCGAAGAAGCUCGAGGCUUCUGCCAGCACACACGGAGGUGUUCGGACGGCCAUUUCACCCCACAGCAUGCCGGACCGACCAUCCUUUCCCAGCUCCGGAAUCAAUCAUCCCGUUUCUCCUCUGUACACCUUCCAGAAUUUUUCGGAGCCAGCACACAACAAAAAUCUCAACUCACAAUAUCCAGUACCAAAGAUUCCAUUUAACGCACAGCUGUCUAAAACAACGCGAUGUUCAGACGCUCUGACAGUGACUGCAGCUAGUCAUCCAGCAAAUAAGGAGAAUGGUGAUAAUUUGGGGCUGGAAGCAAAGUAUUUCAAGAAAAAAGAUGAGAGUGUUCCUUUACGAGGACUUACGCAAAAUACAGUUAACUCGGAGUUUCUGAAGCCGUACUUGCCAACAAAGGCCCAGCCAUCGCCAAAAGCCACGGUAACACCAGCCUCAGCUUAUUUUCCUGGAUAGCCGACAGGGUUCUUGUAAGAGUCCUUCUUGUAACCAUUUGGGGAUUUUUGGAUGUCCUGUAAUAAGGUAUUGGUAAAGUAUCGAUGUGAACUGACGUCAUUUUCUAAGUCUGACUUGGUUUUCUUUGAGCAAGGCCUCUUGACUUACUUGGAUGACUCUUCAGGAUACUUGAGCCUAAAGGGAAAGCUUUAAGCAGCCUCAGCCUUAGUGGGAACAAUGUUAAAGCCCUG